GCCUCAUCUUGGCCUAAUAUAUGUGCUGUGUUUGCCCUUAUCGGGAAACUGAUAGCAGGCGACGCUGAUUGCCAAUUGUUAGACCAUCUCCCACUUCAUUGAGAGUCGCAAGCUGAAGCAACUCGGCUGCUUAAUGAUGAACUUUUGCCUGCUGCUGUUGCUGGUCACCUGUGGAGCGUUUAAACCGGAACAGGAGCCGCGCAUCAUCAAUGGCAGCAUAGCCCGUGUGGAUGAGACACGACACCUGGUCUCCAUUCGACUGAAACGACACGACAACAACUUUGGCAGUGGACACAUCUGUGGAGGAGCCCUCAUAUCCGCCAACAAGGUGCUCACCGCCGCCCACUGUCUGUACAACAACCAACGUAAGCGCUACCGCCAGGCCAGCGAGUUCGUUGUGGUCCUGGGCACCCUGAAUCGCUUUGAGCGGCACAACGGCACCAUCGUCUCCCCGGUUAGCUCCAUGGCCUACAUGCACACCUUCAGUCCGGACAGUAUGCGCGACGAUGUGGGCAUACUCUUUCUAAGCACUGGCCUACCCAAUACCGGCGGCCAUCUCAGCGUGGCACCCAUUCAGCUGGCUGGUCAGGUGACGCCACCGGGAAGGGUAUGCCAGGUGGCCGGUUGGGGGCGCACGGAAAGGAGCUCCCUGUCCAACAUCCUGCUGACGGCCAAUGUGAGCACCAUUCGCCACCAGACCUGCCGGAUGAUCUACAAAUCCGGUUUACUGCCUGGAAUGAUGUGUGCUGGACGUCUGCAGGGAGGCACUGAUUCCUGUCAGGGCGAUUCCGGUGGUCCUCUGGUGCACGAGGGGCGUGUGGUGGGGGUGGUAUCCUGGGGCUAUGGUUGCGCCGAGCCAGGUUUGCCAGGCGUCUAUGUGGAUGUGCAGUAUUAUCGUCAGUGGAUCGAGGAGCGUAGUAGUGGUAGUGCCAGGAGAGUGCCUUUGGUUUUAAUUUUAGUUUUAGCUACGCUGAUGUGUGGAUUCUGACCUGAAAGUAAAGCCUGGAAAACA